UUUGUGUAAAACGGAUUGCCAUAUAAAACGGAUUGCCAUAUUUACAUUCGAAAUGGGUAGGCAAUUGGUAAUAUUAGCAGGAUAUGGCGAUAACAGUUCACUAGAGUCUACUAUUUUAAAGUUUUGUAACAAGAACGUUAGAGAGGACAGUAUUCGAAAUACAGAUGAAGGCUCUUUUCAGUUAGAUGCUGUUAAUGAUGAUGAAAACAGAGUGUCAACUUGUCACUUGUGUCUCGAUGCACAUGUUGCAUCAUAUUUCCGGUGUGAACUCCUCAGAUCUCGUGCAUUUGCAAGACAAGUGUGGAUUCAUUUUGCAAAUCAAUCAAGUUCAACUCACUUGACCACAAUAAUUGUGCAAGUUUCGUUAGAACCGUCAGUCCGAUACUACAUGGAUCAGAGAUUCGGUCCCCAAAUUCAGCUGUUGGUCAAUGAAAGGAUUGAAUUAGACCACAUCAUGUCUUGCCUCUCUACCUUAGGUGGAGCCUUUUCAUCCCUAGGGGAUCAACUUAUUGAUUGUGCAAAGGCAGCAGGAAAGAUUUCCUUUCAGCAGUAUAAGAUUGCUGAGAAACUUUGUGAUCCUGUAACCUUAAUGCGUUGCCAGUUGUACCUUGCCAUAAGCUUCAUCCAAUGCAAUCACUUUAAAAAAGCCAGAAUUGUUAUCACUUCAGUAUAUAGAGCCAUCAAGUCUAGGCCAGAAGGAUUACAGGAGAAAAGAGUUAUCUCAAUGUGCCUGGGCAUUUGGGCAAAACUUAAAUAUCAUUGGCAUCUAGAAAAGAACAAUAUUAAGCUGAAGUACAUUACAGAAACCAAUAAAUGUGAUUAGAUUUCUCAAUACUCA